AUGGCUACAUGUACUGCUGAGUCAGGUACAGCAUCAUGCUGUAGCAAGAAGCAGGAUACGCGGAGCUGCCGGAUAGUAAUUAUCGGAGGUGGAUCUGCCGCCUUUGCGGCUGCUGCAGCCGCUGCACCGCUUGCACUGUCUGUUAAAAUAGUAAAUGAGGGUUUACCUAUGGGUGGCUGCUGUGUGAACGUCGGCUGCGUCCCUUCCAAGUUCCUCAUCCAAGCCUCCCAUGUAAACAGUCCUCUCAACCGGAGCCCUCCAUAUCACGGGUUUUCUAACGUCUCGGACCGAGUCACUGACUUUGCCGCUUUGACGAAACAAAACUGUGCGCUUGUCGAGAGCCUCCGUGAAGAAAAGUAUGCAGGAGUUAUCGCUGGAUUUGAUAACGUGGAGUAUGUCAAGGGCUUCGGCAGACUUGUCAAGAGAGAAGGACAUUUUGCAGUCGCUGUCCGUCACAAUCCUGCAGAUGAGACGCCGUACCGAGAACUACCGGCAGAUCGAGUGAUUCUUGCUACAGGCGUGCACAAUAGUCUUCCAGAGCACUUACGCCAGGACCUGGGCAAACUCCCUUAUCUCACUAACGAGACAGCUUACUUCGAAACGGUCCGUCCCGAGUCCCUCAUCGUCCUUGGUGGGGGCUAUGUUGCGGUGGAAGCCGCCCAGAUGUUCGCCCGACUGGGCUCACGGGUGACACUGCUGCAGCGAUCAUCACACAUCCUGUCUGACAUCAGCGAAGACAUCGGUACAGCUCUGGCUGGCUAUCUGGAAGAAGAAGGGAUAGAGGUGGUAGUGGGAGUGGAAAUCUUGUCGGUUGCGGCUUCCGAUGACCGCAGAAUCACGGUAACUGCGAAGCACCGUGAUGAAAUUCGAGCUUUCACUGCCUCGAAGAUCUUUGUCGCCACUGGCCGCAGCGCCAAUACUACCGAUGUGUCGGAGAUCCCGAUCCAUCUCUCAGAUUCACCGCAUGGUGGGUUCGUCGUGUCGAAUACACUACAGACAUCUAUUACCGGCGUGUAUGCAGCAGGCGACUGUGUUGCCAAUUCACCACAGUAUGUCUACACUGCGGCUGCUGAAGGUAAGCUUGCAGCCCUCAACGCGCUGGCCUCCUUUCAUGGCCGAGAGGAGGAGCAGAUGGAUUAUUCCGUCGUUCCAUGGGUCGUAUUUUCGUCUCCCGCCGUUGCUGGCGUUGGUCUAGAUGUUGCCGCAGCUCGUGCCAGAGGGAUUGACGCAGAAGCUUCGACCAUCCCCCUUUCUCUUCUCCCCCGUGCUCUCGUGCAACAGGACACGCGCGGCUUCGUGACCCUGAUCCGGAAUAAACAAGAUGACACCAUAAUCGGGGCACGAGUCCUCGCCGAAGAAGGCGGGGAACUCAUCAUGGAAGCAUCUCUUUGCGUUCGCUAUAAGAUCAAAGCGCGAGAUGUGGCGACGAUGUUCCAUCCAUACCUUACGUGGAACGAGGCUUGGAAAUUGGCUGCGCUGGGCUUUGCAAAGAAUGUGAAGCAGCUCAGUUGCUGUGCGACCUAG